AUGAAGAACAAGGGUGCCAAGCAGAAGCUGAAACGCAAGGGAGCCGCCAGUGCGUUUGGCUGUGACCUGACGGAAUAUCUGGAAAGCUCGGGACAGGAUGUUCCAUAUGUAUUGAAGAGCUGUGCAGAAUUUAUAGAGACUCACGGCAUUGUGGAUGGAAUUUACCGGCUUUCGGGGGUCACCUCAAACAUACAACGGCUACGGCAAGAGUUUGGCUCAGAUCAAUGUCCAGAUCUGACAAGAGAAGUGUACCUUCAGGACAUCCACUGUGUAGGCUCACUCUGCAAGCUCUACUUUAGGGAGCUGCCCAACCCCCUCCUGACUUAUGAGCUCUAUGAGAAAUUCACGGAGGCCGUGUCACAUUGCCCAGAAGAAGGCCAACUGGCCCGAAUACAAAAUGUUAUCCAGAAGCUUCCCCCAUCCCAUUAUAGGACUUUGGAAUACUUGAUUCGACACCUGGCCCACAUCGCCUCCUUCAGCAGCAAGACCAACAUGCAUGCCAGGAACCUGGCCCUGGUGUGGGCUCCAAACCUCCUCAGGUCUAAAGAAAUCGAAGCCACUGCUUGCAAUGGAGAUGCAGCCUUCCUUGCAGUCCGGGUCCAGCAGGUGGUGAUUGAGUUCAUAUUGAAUCAUGUGGAUCAAAUCUUUAACAAUGGUGCACCUGGGUCUCUGGAGAAUGACGAAAGCCGGCCCAUCAUGAAAAGCCUGACCUUGCCAGCCCUCUCCCUGCCCAUGAAGUUGGUGAGCCUGGAGGAAGCUCAGGCCCGCAGCCUGGCUACUAACCAUCCUGCUCGGAAGGAAAGGAGAGAGAAUAGCCUGCCUGAGAUUGUCCCUCCCAUGGGCACCCUCUUUCAUACCGUCCUUGAGUUACCAGACAACAAGAGGAAGCUUUCCAGUAAAUCAAAGAAGUGGAAAUCAAUAUUCAACCUGGGACGUUCAGAUUCCAAAUCAAAACUGAGUAGAAAUGGGAGUGUAUUUGUGAGAGGACAAAGGCUCUCAGUGGAAAAAGCUGCUAUCCGGCCAGCUAAAAGCAUGGACUCAUUGUGUUCAGUGCCUGUGGAAGGAAAAGAAACCAAAGGAAAUUUUAAUCGAACGGUCACCACUGGCGGAUUUUUCAUUCCGGCAACAAAAAUGCACUCGACCAGCACUGGCAGCUCAUGUGACCUCAGCAAGCAGGAGGGCGAAUGGGGCCAAGAGGGGACGCCGGCGGGGGCCGAGGGGGGCUGUGAUGUGAGCAGUGACCGAAGCCAGCUCCAGGGCGCUCAGGCCCGGCCCCCACCCGAGCAGCUGAAGGUGUUCCGGCCUCUCGAGGAUCCCGAGAGCGAGCAGACAGCCCCGAAGAUGCUGGGUAUGUUCUAUACCUCGAACGACAGCCCCAGCAAAUCCGUCUUUACCAGCAGCCUCUUCCAGAUGGAGCCCUCGCCGCGUCACCAGCGCAAGGCGCUGAACAUCUCGGAGCCCUUUGCGGUGUCGGUGCCGCUCCGCGUGUCCGCCGUCAUCAGCACCAACAGCACCCCUUGCAGAACACCCCCGAAGGAGCUGCAGUCCCUUUCCAGCCUGGAAGAGUUUUCUUUCCAGGGGUCAGAGAGUGGAGGUUGGCCAGAAGAGGAGAAGCCACUGGGAGCUGAGACCUCUACAGCUUCGGUACCUAAGGCAGUAGCUCGUGAGGAUGCCCAGCCAGCACCUGAUGCAGUGGGGGCAGCAGAAUGCAGCAAAGACCUUUCCCUGGAGCCAGGUGCCCAUCUGGAGGAGAAGAAAACCUCAGAAACCUCCCAGGGCUCUCAGCGUCCACAUGAAUUGGAGAAGCGGCCAAAUCCAGAGAAGGUGGUGGACGAGGAACAAGAGGCUGGCCGGGUGGAGUCCAGCGCUCUCCAGGAGAGCCCCAGGGCCAGAGCCCAGGCCGCGUUUUGCCGUGAGACGGAUGAAGAUGAUCUGACCAAUGCCCUGAUCUGGCCAGAGAUUCAACAAGAGCUGAAAAUCAUUGAAUCUGAGGAGGAGCUCUCUUUGUUGCCACCACCUGCUCUGAAGAUCAGCCCAGUUCAGCCAACUCUCCAGUCCAGUCCAGGGCUGUUUGCUUCCCCAGAGCCUCCGGGGAGUUUGUCUUGUGGCUCCGCCUCUGCCUCAGUCUCCGCCCCUCUGGAGGAGCGGACUAGGGACCCAACCAAUCAGAGCACACAUGGGGCUUCCACGGCAGCCAAUAGAGAGAAGCCGGAGCCAACCCGCCCCCUCAAUAGACCCGAGCCUGAGCCAGGUCUGCGCCCAGACCCCACUAGUCUGGUGCCUCUGGAAACAGUUCUGUUUGAGACGGCGGCAGCAGCAGCGUCUCCACACUCAAGGGUGCAGGUGGGAGGCCCAGGGAAUCUAUCUCCUCCACUCCCACCUGCUCCUCCCGCCACGACACCUCUGGAGGAGGCGCCUCGAGUUCUGCUGUCAACGGGCAGCUGUGAGAGAGAAGAGCCAUCCAGGAAUUUGAGGACAAAUCCCAAUGUAGACCAGCUGAAACCCAAAGACAGCUCUGGUAUCCCCAGCCUCUGUCAAGGAGAGGAGGCCAUUCCAAGACUAAAUGAAAAGCAAAAUUCAAAGAAUGUUGCUCCUGAGGGAAAAGGUUCUUAUCUUUCAAGCCCAACGAGGGAAGUGGAGAUCUCCCCACAAGGAGAGGGGGAUGUAGCCCAUUCUGUACGGGAGCCUUCAGACUGUGAUGAAGAUGACACUGUGACCGACACUGCCCAUCAUGGCCUGGAAAUGGUGGAGCCGUGGGAGGAGCCACAGUGGGUGACCAGUCCCCUUCAUUCUCCCACCCUGAAAGAUGUGCAUGAGGCCCAGGUGCAGGGUCCCCAGAGCCAACGAUUGGAGAAGAGGCUUUCCCACAGGCCCAGCCUGCACCACAGCCAUUCUCUAGAUAGCAAAACCAUGGUUAAGAGCCAGUGGACUCUUGAGGUUCCCUCCUCAAGCAGCUGUGCUAAUCUGGAAACAGAAAGGAAUUCUGACCCUCUGCAGCCCCCGGCACCCAGGAGAGAGAAUACUGGAUGGAAUGAGAAAGCCCUGAGUUCCUUCAGGGAGUUCUCUGACCUGAAAGGGGCAGAGGUUCUUCCAAGCCAGAAGGGACCAGGUGGUAUGCAACCCAAACCAGCAGAAACCAGCCCUGUCAGCCUAGCAGAGGGAAAGGAGCUGGGGACACAGCUGGGGCACAGCAACCCACAGAUUAAGCAAGAUGGUGUUCCUGGGCCUGAGAGCAGCAAAGAGAGUUCACCUAGCAUGCAGGACAGUGCCUUGCCUGGAGAGCAUCCCCUAAAGUUACAGCUGAAGAGUGCUGAAUGUGGGCCCCCCAAAGGAAAAAACAGGCCUUCUUCCCUCAACUUAGACUCUGCCAUUCCCAUCACUGACCUCUUCCGGUUCGAGAAUAUGGCCUCAUUUAGUUCACCUGGAAUGCAGCUCUCUGAGCCGGGAGACUCAAAGGUCACACGGAUGACCUCAUCUCACGGUAAAGCAGACCCCUGGAGGGGUUACUCCCAGGACCCCCAGGAUCUGGACAUUGUUGCUCAUGCCCUGACAGGCCGCCGUAACUCAGCUCCUGUAAGUGUGUCAGCUGUAAGAACCUCCUUCAUGGUGAAAAUGUGCCAGGCCAGAGCAGUCCCGGUAAUCCCACCCAAGAUCCAGUACACGCAGAUCCCACAGCCUCUGCCCUCUCAGAGCUCAGGGGAGAGUGGGGCUCAGCCUCUGGAGAGGAGCCAAAAGGAACCCAACUCCACUAGUGGGACCUGUCAGAAACCUGCCAAAGAUAAUUCUCCCUCCUCCCUGGAAAGCACGAAGGAAGAGGAACCAAAGCAAGAUAAAGGAGCCAUUAAGUCCUCACCAAUGGAUGCCACUUCAUCCUGCAUGUGUGAGGGACCCACCCCUUCUCCAGAACCAGGCUUGUCUAACCUGCUGUCCACUCAGGAUGCAAUAGUGCAAUGCAGAAAGCGCACAUCAGAGACAGAGCCAUCUGGGGACAAUCUUUCUUCAAAAAUAGAGCGACCAUCUGAGGGUUCUAAGCCUUUCCACAGGUCAAGGCCAGGAAGACCUCAGAGCCUAAUCUUAUUCAGUCCUCCUUUCCCCAUUAUGGACCAUCUGCCCCCCUCAUCCACAGUGACAGAUUCCAAGGUCCUACUGUCCCCUAUCAGAAGUCCCACCCAGACAGUUUCCCCUGGCCUUCUUUGUGGGGAGUUGGCUGAAAACACAUGGGUCACACCAGAAGGGGUUACACUUAGAAAUAAAAUGACCAUCCCUAAGAAUGGCCAGAGACUAGAGACCUCAACCAGCUGUUUUUACCAGCCCCAGCGGAGAUCAGUGAUUCUGGAUGGAAGAAGUGGGAGGCAAAUAGAAUGAAAUCAGUUGACCUGCUGGUGUCUGAAAAACAUCAUGAUUCAUCUGGAAAUUAUUACAGGGCCAACUUGCCAUUUUCCAGGCGUAGGUUAUCAAGUUUGGGCUUAUUUUGGCCUCUGACUUCUCGUUUUUUAGCCUUUUGACCAUUUAUUAAUUAGUCCAUUUGCCAGAAGAGUGGUCAAGGGAAGGAUGAAGAGAUGAAAUAUAGAUAAGUCUAUAUGAGCAAGUAGGAAAAGGUUAGGUCAGAGAAGAAGAUGGAAGGCUUGCCUCCAGUGAAAUUUGGGGCUUGUGAGUUACUUUACUCCCCCACUGCCAUUAUCUAUUACUGUUGAGAGCUGGCUGUGGUAAUGUCCUUUGAAAGAAAGAAAAAUCCUUUGCCUGCAUUGGAAAAUGUUGCUAUUGAGGUUUUAAGGCCUCCUCUUUACUUCAUGCUUUUUAAUGCUCUUUAAAGCAUGUGUUCUUUUCGACCAGUUUUCUAAUAAGCUUUGUAAAAGUGUACUAUCCAGAAUAGUUGAAGAUGUGAAAAUACAAACUAACAUGCACUUAGAUAUCCAAGUGGGUGAAUUUACCCAUGCUCCUCCCCUGGAAUCCCUGCAAGACGUCUCCACAUACCAGCACGCAGAAUCAGAAUCCAUACUCAAGAGCAAACUCCGAGACUGGCACAAUCCAAGAAGACUUUCUGGCUCUGGCUUUUAUCAACUUGAGACUCCAACUGCCACUAUACUGAACUCUGAUUUAUAAAUCCAGUAUCUGGGCAGGGUGGGGGAUAAGCCAAGGAUUACCCUAAUGAAAUGUACUGAAUCUUCAUUUAGGUAUGUUAAUAGUGAAGUGAUCUGUUUUCUUUACAGUAUUAGAGUGCAAGAACAGGAUGUUGUCAUAGAGAAAAGCCUCACACAGAGGCAGAACUAUGCUCCAGACUUUGAAUUGGUGGGGCAUUAGCAGAAAACACUUCUAGUUCAGCAGCACUCUUCCACACUAGGCUGGGCCUGGCAGAACAGGAGCCGAUGAAGGGAGGAGCCCCCAGGACGGAGGGAAGAGCCCUAGCAGAAUGGCCAUCACUACCACUCACUGAGAGCUGCCCUUCUUGAAAAUGUAUUUCAUCUUAGCCAGUAGGUCCCUUCUUUUCCCCCUCUCCCUCUAUUGCUCAAGAGCAGAUUGGAGGCACCCCUCUCCCUUCCAUAAUCCCCUUCAUCCACCACCCACCCCAGGAACUCAAAUUUGCUCUUCUCUGUAUCCAAGCAGAAGCAAUAAACCAAUAUGAUUUUCUUUCAGUUA